AUGUCCAUUGCUUUCGAGCCGUCGGAUUCCCAUUCGCCAUUCCUAACCGGGGGCAAGGCCCAAGUUCUAGGAAAUCAGGAGCUUCUCGACAUUAUAUUCGAUUUCCUCGCCACCUGGGGCCAACCAAGUCAGGAAGAUAGGCACAGAAUCUUACUCGUUGGACUUACUUGCCGUCAUUUCUUUGACCCGGCUAUGGAACGACUGUGGCGUGUAAUGGAUGAUUUGUGGCCAUUACUGAACCUUCUCCCCGAGGGGUUUCGCAGCUCCCGCGAAGAAGCCCGGUCCUAUAGCCUUCCCUUGUUCUCGGACCGUUUCCUGCAAUACGCGAGAUGCGUGCGGUCGGUGAAGAUAGGCGACUGGACCACACAGUUCCCAGUCUAUGUAUACAGAGAACUCGGCGAGCACAUGGCCAAGGACGACUCGCCUCUAGGCACUGGCCUUCUCUCAAGGCUCAGAACCGUCAAAGUAGAGUCUUGUGUCGAAGGAGCCGUCGCCUGCUUCCCUCUCCUAUUACCCGGGAGGAUAGAAACAGUGCACUUCGAGGUGAACGACCCUAAUGUCAAUAUUCAAUGGGUAUCCGUGUGCCUUGUGGCCGCGGCGCGAUAUGCCCUAUACUUGAAAGACUUCACUGUUUCCCUCCUGCAUGGAAUCGUCUACAAAGAAGAUCCCUUCGGCAAGACCAUCCCGCUCCCUCUGCUUCUCUUUACCUCUCCGGACUUCAAGAAGGCAACAAUUCAAAUCAAUGCGCGCGGAGCCAAAUAUAGAUUCGAAGUGGCGACCCCUGAGGAAUGGGACGAGAUGCAAUUCUCAGCCAGCCUAACAGGUUGGCCGAACGGGUGGCUGGCGCUCCUAUCGUCCCUCGAUACAGCACUCCUCGGCUCUCUGGAGCUCAAAGCGACCGCCCGCGGAUUAUCAGUCGUCUCGGAUGACCCAGCAUGGAUGGAAGACAUCUCCGACCUCUUCUCGAAUGAGUCGCGCCGCCUGCGGCGACUCACCGUCGACAUGGGCAAAUUGGUAUAUGACUCGCCAACCAUACUUCCCGUAUUCCAAAUCCGGGACCUUACGCACCUCAGCCUCACAGCCCUACUCACCGAGUCCUAUGAAAAGGAUGAAGAGGUCAACAAGUUUCUCGACGAGAUUCUGUCCAAUGUCUCUCCCAACCUCCGGUCCCUCGAACUUUUGUGGCCUGCUGGAGAGACACCCACCUCCCCCUUCACACUCAAGUCCCUGUUAUGCCUACCCCGUAUGAAGUGCAACCUCGAUCGACUCAGAAUCACCGUAGCUUGCCAGACGCUCCCUGAAACGGAUGACGCCGAGUCUGAAUCCGAGUGCAGAAUACGGCGCCUCGAGCUCGACCGUUGCGAUACCAGCAACCUCUCAGACGACGACAUCAUUCAGUUUGCGCAGCGCCUACUUUCCUCUCUCCAAACUGUCGAAGUCUUCCAGCAUGUUGUAUAA